AUGGACCCCGGGCCUAUCGGCCAUUUCCUUACGGCCACCCUGAUUUCUACAUCAACAAUAUUGUUCUUAGAAACAUUUUCUAUCCUGGCAUGUCAGUAUUCUUCCGUUGGCACUAUUCUACCUAGCAUGGAUGACUGGUACAACUUGACACCCGUAUUUGACUGGAUUCACUGUUGCAUCAUCAGUGUCUCCUUGCAGUUCAUGAUUGCCUUACUGCCGCUGUUCAUUCAGGAACUAGUGAGACGUGGAACUGGUCAUCCCAUUAUUCGUCUUGGGAAGCAGUUCAUGUUCUUCUCCCCUGUUUCUGACAUAUUUUCUACUCAAAUCUACACGCACUCCAUCAUUAGCAACCUGACUUUCGGUGGUGCCCGAUACAUCGUGACAGGACGUGGAUUCGCAAGUACCCGUAUCUCAUUCAGCAGUCUCUUCUCUCGUUUCGCUGGACCGAGCAUUUACCUGGGCAUGGGGACCUUGACAAGUCUUCUCUAUGUUACUAUGGCACUUUGA